ACGUUUUGAGUUGUGCUUCGCGACGGUUGCUGAUCUUUCAAGUGCUACGACGAAUACGAAAUAUGAAAUACAAGUUUGCCACCAAUUGAGCAUCUAAGUGAACAACACUACAAAAAAAAAAAAAUCAGAAAAUAAAAAACAAAAACGUCUCUGUAUUUGUCUCUAUCUCUGGCUGUGCCUCUAUCUCUCCGUGCCGUGUAUAAGUGUGUGUGUGUGCUAAGCUUUUACGCUCCCGCUCCCACUGCCGCUUCGGUUACCGCUCUACGCUCAAUACGCUCACGCUCCCGCUCACGAUCAAGUGUGCCGCCGUCUGUCAGUGUGUGCGUGCGACGACAGUGCCACCGUUUGUCAUUUUCAACUUGAACUAUGGUUCGCGCAUACGUAUAACAAAAAAAAUUACGAACAACAACAACAAAACACAAAAUCAAACACACUAUAACAAUAUUUAAAAAUAAGUAUUUCGACAUUCCGACGUGGAAAUUAGGAGACACCACAAAAAAAUAAAUACACAUUCAUACACACCUACGUAAUUUAGUCGUUAAACUUAGUGCCAAACCAAGCGAUAAUUGUGAUUAAUAACAACGAAAAUAUAUACAUACAUACAUAUAUAUAUAACGAAAGCGAAAUAAACGAAAACGAGUACGAGUAACAAAAGACCAUAACAAAUAUCUAUAAUUUUGUUAAAGUCAUUAAAAUAACAACAAGCACACACAUUUUUCACGACACACAGUCAGCGAUUACCUCAUCUGUGUGAAAAUAUAGCAAGCAAAAUGGUAUCAAAAAGCAAUAAAAAGAAACAAGUGUCGCAGUCGCAGCAGCAGCAGCAGCAGCAGCAGCCGCCGCCAGCAACAUCGAGCACAACAACAUCAACAACGGCCUCGGCGACCAAAUUAACCAAAAAACUGGGGCCAAAUGCGAUGGCCACGUUAACAACCAACAGCAGCUCCACUUCCAUGGAACACGAAUCAGUCUCUUAUGGCAUACCAGAGACUGGUCCAAGCACCAGUACUGGGGGUGGUGGCACUCUAUUGGCAACGUCCUCCUCAACUGCUGCGGGGGGUAAAAGCUACAGCUCCAGUUCAUACACAUCGAAAUCUCAGUCACAGUCACAGCAAUCGGAGCAGCUAUAUCAUAGUAGCAGCACUAGCAAGAUCUCGAGGGAUUAUUCCAACGAGAAGAUCAUAUCAUCGAUUGAUCUGCUCGAAAGUGAAAAAAAGGAACCGGUCUUCUCUGUCCCCAUUGAGGUGGUCGAGAUCACAACACCUGGUGGCGGUGGCAGCAGCGGUGUCAUAAUGUCGUCUGCCAGUGGCAGCGGCAGCAUUUCCAAAAUGUAUGCCUCCUCGUCAAAAACGUCAAGUCAGCAGCAGGCGAGCUCAAGCUCCAGCUACUUUGAGUCGACAACCAGUUCGAGUCAGCAGCAGCAGCAGCUACAGCAACAGCAGCAGCAGAUACAGCAACAGCAACAGCGCAGCAGCAGCAGCAACAGCGCAAGCGAAACGCUCAUUGCAAGCGAGAGAGCGGCUACCGGUAUGACAUCAUCGUCGUCGUUGUCGAGCAGCAAAUAUGUAGAUGUUGCCGAACAGGUUGCUAUCGAUAGCAGCAACAGCAACAGCAAGAGCACGAAUAUCAACACCAACACCAUCAAGAGCAGCAACAUGAAUACCAGUCAGAGUCACAGUCACAGCACAAACAUCAACAGCAGCAACGUCAGCAAUACUAACAUCAUCAGCAGCAGCAGCGAAUCUCAGAGCGUGGCCAAGUCAGCUGCUGUGGGUGCUUUGGAUACGUCAUCGUCAGCAACGACAACGAUGACGUCGUCACAGCGCAUGGUGCGCGAACCGGUCGCGACCACAACAAACGCGACCAACGCGGCGACGUCAUCAACGACCGACACACGACGUAACGAUAAAGUGGCCAGCACAGCUGUUAGUGCUAGUGAUGUGAAUGUGGACAGAGUAACGUCUAGCAACAAACAGGUCAGCGAAAGCACCAUCAAUCAGAGCAGCAGCACCAGCAAACAGUCGACAACGUCGUCCAAGAAAGAAGUCUACGAUGUGAAGACAAAAACCUGGAGCGAGUAUAGCGAUGGCACCUCACGGACCACCAACAAAAAGGCGCCUACAUUUGAGCGUUACGUUAGUAAGGAUUCGGAUGGCACUACGAAAGUGACAUAUAAGAAGAAGAUCUACGACAGACGCAACAAUAGGUGGCGCGUGGUCGAUGAGCGCACCGUGGACAGCACUAAUGAUGUGGGCUAUCCCGAAAUAGUCGAUGAUGUCAUAAAUACCACAACCACAACAUAUACGACAAAGGUGUACGAUACGAAGCUCGGCAAGUGGACGGUCGUCGACGAGAAAUCGUACACUGAUACGAAAGCCUUUGUACCGAAUGACAUUGCUCGUGAAAUCGAAAAAGAUAAUACCGAUGUGGCAAACAUAACGACCACCACUGAAGUGACAAAGAUAUUUGAUGCGAGCAUUAACGAUUGGCGCGUUUUGGACGAAAAGGUGCACACCGAUGUCAUUGAAAAAAUUGUGGAGGCUCCCAAAAAGACCAUAUAUGUUGACGAGUUUGUGGAAAUUGAAAAGAACACAUCCAUUUCGGAAAACAAUGAGAAUAUAACCUUGAAUCUGAACGAAACAUCGAAACACAAAAAUAUUACUGAGAAUAUUUAUGAUGAACUCGAUUAUGUCCGGACUGACAAAAAGCGUUUAGACGAUUCAGUUACCCGUGGAGUCGAAAAAAACAAAUUCACGACACACAGCGAGCGGUGCAUCUGCGAAAUCUGCACUUGCGGACGUCAUCACUGUUCUACUAGCAAAACGAAAUCUACUGAAAACACCAUUGUCGAAGUAGAUGAUAACGUCGACGAAACUUACACAAGGAUACGGACAAACACUUGGUCAAAGAAAGAUGAACACACUUCCAAGAAAAAUGAAGAUAUUCUCGUUGAUUAUAUUGUCAUAAAGAAACCAGAAGAUAAUCUGAAAACCGGAGGUGAAUUCACAGCCCCAGAAAAAGAACCCUAUAUGCCAGGCGAAAAACGUGAGAAAAUCGUACAUACUGAUACUUUACGUUUGGAUGGAGAAAUGACUUUUGUAGAAAAAGAAGAGUAUCAAUUUGUUACCCGUCCUGGAUAUGUCAAGCCGUCAGAUAAUCUUAAACAAGAGGGAGAAUUCUAUAGCCCGGAGAAACCAAAGUACCAGCCUGGAGAACGUCCUUCUCAAGUUAGGCCAGAGGAUAACUUGAAAAACGAAGGAGAAUUUUAUGUACCAGAAAAACCUGGGUAUAGACCUGCAGAGCGACCCGUUCAGAAAAAACCGGAAGAUAACUUGAAAAACGAGGGCGAAUUUUAUACUCCAGAAAAACCAGGAUAUAGACCUGCAGAGCGGCCUGUGCAAAAGAAGCCAGAAGAUAACUUAAGGAACGAAGGAGAAUUCUAUGUUCCAGAAAAACCGGGCUUUAAACCUGCAGAGAGGACUGAGAGAAUUAUAAGAAAAGAUAACCUGCGAAACGAAGGUGAAAUGACUUUCAUUGAGAGGGAAGAGUAUCAAUAUGUAGUUCGCCCAGAGCAGGUAAAGCCAACUGAUAACUUGAAGAACGAGGGUGAAUUUUACGCUCCAGAGAAACCUCAGUAUAGGCCAGGAGAGCGUCCGUCUCAAGUUAGACCCGAAGACAACCUUAAGAAUGAAGGCGAAUUCUAUACACCUGAGAAACCCAAAUUCAGACCUGCAGAACGUCCAUCUCAAGUAAGACCAGAAGAUAAUUUGAAAAACGAAGGUGAAUUCUACGUACCCGAGAAGCCUGGAUAUAAGCCAGCAGAACGCCCUGUCCAAAAGAAGCCUGAAGAUAAUCUAAGGAAUGAAGGCGAAUUCUACGCUCCAGAGAAACCACAGUAUAGGCCAGGAGAGCGUCCCUCUCAAGUUAGACCCGAAGACAACCUUAAGAAUGAAGGCGAAUUCUAUACACCUGAGAAACCCAAAUUCAGACCUGCAGAACGUCCAUCUCAAGUAAGACCAGAAGAUAAUUUGAAAAACGAAGGUGAAUUCUACGUACCCGAGAAGCCUGGAUAUAAGCCAGCAGAACGCCCUGUCCAAAAGAAGCCUGAAGAUAAUCUAAAGAAUGAAGGCGAAUUUUACGCUCCAGAGAAACCACAGUAUAGGCCAGGAGAACGUCCCUCUCAAGUUAGACCCGAAGACAACCUUAAGAAUGAAGGUGAAUUCUAUACACCUGAGAAGCCCAAAUUCCGACCUGCAGAGCGUCCAUCUCAAGUAAGACCAGAAGAUAAUUUGAAAAACGAAGGUGAAUUCUAUGUACCCGAGAAGCCUGGAUAUAAGCCAGCAGAACGCCCUGUCCAAAAGAAGCCUGAAGAUAAUCUAAAGAAUGAAGGCGAAUUCUACGCUCCAGAGAAACCACAGUAUAGGCCAGGAGAGCGUCCCUCCCAAGUUAGACCUGAAGACAACCUUAAGAAUGAAGGCGAAUUCUAUACACCUGAGAAACCCAAAUUUAGACCUGCAGAACGUCCAGUUCAAAAGAAACCCGAGGACAAUUUAAAGAAUGAGGGAGAGUUCUACGCUCCAGAAAAGCCAAAGUAUGUACCUGGAGAACGUCCGUCUCAAGUAAGACCAGAAGAUAACUUGAAAAAUGAAGGCGAUUUCUAUACCCCGGAGAAACCUCAAUUCAGGCCAGCAGAACGUCCAGUUCAGAAAAAACCUGAAGACAAUUUGAAGAAUGAAGGUGAAUUUUAUGUUCCAGAAAAACCAGGAUUUAGGCCUGCAGAAAGAAUUGAAAAAAUUAUCAGAAAGGAUAAUCUGCGCAACGAGGGAGAAAUGACGUUUGUAGAGAGGGAAGAGUAUCAAUAUGUUGUUCGACCAGAUCAAGUAAGACCCACUGAUAACUUAAAGAAUGAAGGGGAAUUUUACGCACCAGAGAAGCCUAAGUACAAGCCAGCGGAGCGCCCAGCCCAAGUCAAGCCAGAAGAUAAUUUGAAAAACGAAGGAGAAUUUUAUGUUCCUGAAAAACCAGGAUAUCAACCAGCCGAGAGAAUCGAAAGAAUUAUCAGAAAGGAUAACUUACGUAAUGAAGGUGAAAUGACGUUCGUGGAAAGAGAAGAAUAUCAGUAUGUUGUUCGUCCAGAGCAAGUCAGACCAAUCGACAAUUUGAAAAAUGAAGGAGAAUUCUACACACCCGAGAAACCGAAGUUCAAACCUGCAGAGCGUCCAGUUCAGAAGAAACCGGAGGAUAACUUGAAGAAUGAGGGAGAAUUCUACGCACCUGAGAAACCGAAAUACACACCGGGAGAAAGACCUAGUCAAGUUAGACCAGAGGAUAACUUGAAGAAUGAAGGCGAGUUUUACACUCCAGAGAAACCUCAAUUUAGGCCUGCAGAACGUCCAGUCCAAAAGAAACCGGAGGAUAACUUGAAGAAUGAGGGAGAAUUUUACGCUCCGGAGAAACCGAAAUACACACCGGGAGAAAGACCGAGUCAAGUUAGACCAGAAGAUAACUUGAAAAAUGAGGGCGAAUUCUAUGCACCAGAAAAACCACAAUUCCGACCUGCAGAACGGCCAGUUCAGAAAAAACCAGAGGACAAUUUGAAAAAUGAAGGUGAAUUCUACGCUCCCGAGAAGCCCAAGUAUACACCCGGUGAACGGCCAAGUCAAGUGAGACCAGAAGAUAAUUUGAAGAAUGAGGGUGAAUUCUAUACUCCAGAGAAACCUAAGUACAGGCCUGCAGAAAGACCAACUCAAGUACGGCCGGAGGAUAAUUUGAAAAAUGAAGGAGAAUUCUAUGUUCCAGAGAAACCAGGAUAUCGACCAGCAGAGAAAAUUGAAAGAAUUAUCAGAAAGGAUAACUUGCGUAAUGAGGGAGAAAUGACGUUUGUGGAGAGAGAAGAAUAUCAAUAUGUUGUUCGCCCAGAACAAGUGAGACCAACUGAUAACUUAAAGAAUGAAGGCGAAUUUUACACUCCAGAGAAACCGAAAUUCAGGCCAGCAGAGCGUCCAGUUCAGAAGAAGCCUGAGGAUAAUCUAAAGAAUGAAGGAGAGUUUUACGCACCGGAGAAGCCUAAAUACAUGCCAGGAGAACGACCAAGUCAAGUUAGACCAGAAGAUAACUUAAAGAAUGAAGGCGAAUUCUACACUCCAGAGAAACCUCAAUUUAGGCCAGCAGAACGUCCAGUCCAAAAGAAACCGGAGGAUAACUUAAAGAAUGAGGGAGAAUUCUACGCUCCAGAGAAACCUAAAUACACACCCGGAGAGAGACCGAGUCAAGUUAGACCAGAGGAUAACUUGAAGAAUGAAGGCGAAUUUUACGCACCAGAGAAACCUCAAUUCAGACCUGCAGAGCGUCCAGUCCAAAAGAAACCGGAGGAUAACUUGAGAAAUGAGGGAGAAUUUUACGCUCCUGAGAAGCCGAAAUACAUGCCUGGAGAACGACCGAGUCAAGUUAGACCAGAAGAUAACUUGAAAAAUGAGGGUGAGUUCUAUACACCUGAGAAACCACAGUUCCGGCCAGCAGAACGUCCAGUUCAGAAAAAACCAGAGGAUAAUUUGAAGAACGAGGGUGAAUUCUACGCUCCCGAGAAACCCAAGUAUACACCCGGUGAACGGCCAAGUCAAGUUAGACCAGAAGAUAAUUUGAAGAAUGAGGGUGAAUUCUAUACUCCAGAGAAACCUAAGUACAGGCCUGCAGAAAGACCAACUCAAGUUAGGCCGGAGGAUAAUUUGAAAAAUGAAGGAGAAUUCUAUGUUCCAGAGAAACCAGGAUAUCGACCAGCAGAGAAAAUUGAAAGAAUUAUCAGAAAGGAUAACUUGCGUAAUGAAGGAGAAAUGACUUUUGUGGAGAGAGAAGAAUAUCAAUAUGUUGUUCGCCCAGAGCAAGUGAGACCAACUGAUAACUUAAAGAAUGAAGGCGAAUUUUACACUCCAGAGAAACCGAAAUUCAGGCCAGCAGAACGUCCAGUCCAAAAGAAACCGGAGGAUAACUUGAAGAAUGAGGGAGAAUUCUACGCUCCGGAGAAACCGAAAUACACACCGGGAGAGAGACCGAGUCAAGUUAGACCAGAAGACAAUUUGAAAAAUGAGGGCGAAUUUUAUGCUCCAGAAAAACCACAGUUCCGCCCUGCAGAACGUCCAGUUCAAAAGAAACCGGAGGAUAAUUUGAAGAAUGAGGGAGAAUUCUACGCUCCCGAGAAGCCCAAGUAUACACCCGGUGAACGGCCAAGUCAAGUUAGACCAGAAGAUAAUUUGAAGAAUGAGGGUGAAUUCUAUACUCCAGAGAAACCUAAGUACAGGCCUGCAGAAAGACCAACUCAAGUUAGGCCGGAGGAUAAUUUGAAAAAUGAAGGAGAAUUCUAUGUUCCAGAGAAACCAGGAUAUCGACCAGCAGAGAAAAUUGAAAGAAUUAUCAGAAAGGAUAACUUGCGUAAUGAAGGAGAAAUGACUUUUGUGGAGAGAGAAGAAUAUCAAUAUGUUGUUCGCCCAGAACAAGUGAGACCAACUGAUAACUUAAAGAAUGAAGGCGAAUUUUACACUCCGGAGAAACCGAAAUUCAGGCCGGCGGAGCGUCCAGUUCAAAAGAAGCCUGAGGAUAAUCUAAAGAAUGAAGGCGAAUUUUACGCACCGGAGAAGCCUAAAUACAUGCCAGGAGAACGACCAAGUCAAGUUAAACCAGAAGAUAACUUGAAGAAUGAAGGCGAAUUCUACACUCCAGAGAAACCUAAAUACACACCCGGAGAGAGACCAAGUCAAGUUAGACCAGAGGAUAACUUGAAGAAUGAAGGCGAAUUUUACACUCCAGAGAAGCCUCAAUUUAGGCCAGCAGAACGUCCAGUUCAGAAGAAACCAGAAGACAAUUUGAGGAACGAAGGUGAAUUCUACGCCCCAGAGAAGCCGAAAUACAUGCCUGGAGAACGACCAAGUCAAGUUAGACCAGAAGAUAACUUGAAGAAUGAAGGCGAAUUCUACACUCCAGAGAAACCUCAAUUUAGGCCAGCAGAACGCCCAGUUCAGAAGAAACCCGAGGACAACUUGAAAAAUGAAGGAGAAUUCUAUGUGCCAGAGAAACCAGGAUAUAGACCAGCGGAGAGGACUGAAAAAAUCAUUCGUCAGGAUAACUUGCGCAACGAAGGGGAAAUGACAUUUGUAGAGAAAGUAGAGUAUCAAUAUGUUGUUCGACCUGAACAAGUUAAGCCAACCGAUAACUUGAAGAAUGAAGGAGAAUUCUAUGCACCGGAAAAGCCCAAGUACUUGCCUGGUGAACGACCAAGCCAAGUCAGACCAGAAGAUAAUUUGAAGAACGAGGGCGAAUUCUACACACCUGAGAAACCAAAAUUCCGACCUGCAGAGCGUCCAGUUCAGAAGAAACCGGAGGACAACUUGAAGAAUGAAGGCGAUUUCUACGCUCCAGAGAAGCCCAAAUAUAUACCAGGAGAACGGCCAAGUCAAGUUAGACCCGAAGAUAACUUGAAGAAUGAAGGCGAAUUCUACACACCCGAGAAACCCAAGUUUAAACCGGCUGAACGUCCAGUUCAGAAGAAACCAGAAGACAAUUUGAAGAAUGAAGGAGAUUUCUACGCUCCGGAGAAGCCCAAAUAUAUACCAGGAGAACGGCCAAGUCAAGUUAGACCCGAAGAUAACUUGAAGAACGAGGGAGAAUUUUACACACCAGAGAAACCCAAGUUUAAGCCCGCAGAACGUCCAAUCCAGAAGAAGCCCGAGGACAAUUUGAAAAAUGAAGGGGAAUUUUAUGUACCAGAGAAACCAGGAUUUAGACCAGCAGAGAAAACUGAAAGAAUCAUUCGAAAGGAUAACUUGCGCAACGAAGGUGAAAUGACGUUUGUGGAGAAAGUAGAGUAUCAAUAUGUUGUUCGACCUGAACAAGUUAAGCCAACCGAUAACUUGAAGAAUGAAGGAGAAUUCUAUGCACCGGAAAAGCCCAAGUACUUGCCUGGUGAACGACCAAGCCAAGUCAGACCAGAAGAUAAUUUGAAGAACGAGGGCGAAUUCUACACACCCGAGAAACCAAAAUUCCGACCUGCAGAGCGUCCAGUUCAGAAGAAACCGGAGGACAACUUGAAGAAUGAAGGCGAUUUCUACGCUCCAGAGAAGCCCAAAUAUAUACCAGGAGAACGGCCAAGUCAAGUUAGACCCGAAGAUAACUUGAAGAAUGAAGGCGAAUUCUACACACCCGAGAAACCCAAGUUUAAACCGGCUGAACGUCCAGUUCAGAAGAAACCAGAAGACAAUUUGAAGAAUGAAGGUGAAUUUUAUGCUCCGGAAAAACCAAAAUACAUGCCAGGUGAACGACCAUCUCAAGUUAGACCAGAAGAUAAUUUGAAGAAUGAAGGCGAUUUCUACACUCCAGAGAAACCUAAAUUCCGGCCUGCAGAACGUCCAGUUCAAAAAAAACCUGAAGACAAUUUGAGGAAUGAAGGCGAAUUCUAUGUUCCAGAAAAACCAGGAUUUAGGCCUGCGGAGAAAAAUGAAAGAAUCAUUCGGAAAGACAACUUGCGCAACGAAGGUGAAAUGACGUUUGUGGAGAAAGAAGAAUAUCAAUAUGUUGUUCGACCGGAACAGGUUAGGCCAACAGACAAUUUGAAAAAUGAAGGAAAAUUUUACGCUCCUGAGAAACCUAAGUAUUUGCCCGGUGAACGCCCGUCUCAAGUUAAGCCUGAAGAUAACUUAAAGAAUGAAGGCGAAUUCUAUACACCAGAAAAGCCCAAGUUCAAGCCUGCCGAACGACCAGUUCAGAAGAAGCCGGAAGAUAAUUUAAAGAAUGAAGGGGAAUUCUAUGCGCCAGAGAAACCUAAGUAUAGGCCAGGAGAUCGUCCAUCCCAAGUCAGACCAGAAGAUAACUUGAAAAAUGAAGGCAAGUUCUACGUUCCUGAAAAACCUGGCUUUAAACCUGCUGAGCGACCAGUUCAAAAGAAACCAGAGGAUAACUUGAAAAAUGAAGGAGAAUUCUUUACUCCAGAGAAACCAAAGUAUAGGCCAGCAGAAAAAACGGAAAGAAUCAUCAGAAAAGACAACUUACGUAAUGAGGGGGAAAUGACCUUUACUGAAAAGAAGGAGUACCAGUAUGUUGUUCGUCCGGAACAGGUUAGGCCAACGGAUAACUUGAAGAACGAAGGAGAAUUCUACGCUCCAGAAAAACCUGGCUUUAAGCCUGCAGAAAGACCUAAACAAAAGAAACCGCAAGAUAAUUUGAAAACUCCUGAGGGCAAAAUGUAUAUUCCUGAAAAGGAAGAAUUUAAACCUGCAGACAAGGUCAAGACUAUUAUCAGGAAAGACAACUUAAAGAAUGAGGGCACAAUGACAUUUACAAAGAAAGAAGAAUACCAUUACACAACUAGACCCGAUCAGGUAAAGCCAAGUGAUAACUUAAAGAUGGAUGGACCAUUUUAUGCGCCUGAGAAACCUACAUUCAAACCUGCAGAGCGACCGACUCAGAAAAAACCCAAGGAUAAUUUGAAACAAGAAGGUGAAUUUUAUAAAAGAACUGAUAGAACUGAAACCGAUAGUACUACACUGGAGACUGUUAGAAGGGAGACACCAAAGCGACCGGUGGAUAAUUUGAAGUUAGAAGGCCCUAUGUCAGUGACAAGAAAAGAUGAUUACAAAACGACUUCUAAUAAGACUACAGUGGAUAGGGUUCAGCGAACACAGAAAUACAAACAUAAUAGCUCAUCGAUUAGUUUGGGAACGGAUACAACCAUUCUAAAGACAACCAACCAGAUGAACUUUGUGUCUGGCAAGGAUGCAGUUAAACAAACGGAUGCCAACAGCCAGAAUCCAGUCGAUGGCCUUAUAAUUGUAUCUACAAAGAAGGUCACCACUGUAGUUGGUGGUCGAGCUAAAAAGGAACCGGAAACCGAGUAUGUUAAGAGACCAGCAAAAAUAAAUGUCAUCGAGAAUGUGUCAAAGAAAUCGACUACAACCAACAUUGAGAAUACUCAGAACAUACAUAAAGAGACAACAUCGAUGCAAAGAAAUCUCAAUAUUGUUGAUAAAUCAACAGUAAAUUCUGAAAGGAUUCGCGGAUCGACAAUUGACAGAAACGCCCUUGAGUCCUCCACAUCGACAACAAAUCAAGGCAGUUCAGUAAUCAACAAUGUAACUGGAACUGGAGGCUCAACAACUCACUUAGUUUCUAGUAAGAAUGUUAAUGGAGGAACUACGUCUCAUGUGGUCGGUGGAAGUUCGAUAGUUAAGAAUGUGACAGAUAGCUCAAGUUCUAGAGUGAUUGAAAACAGUUCCGUAACGAAGAACGUCACAUCACGUAACCAGCAUUCAGUUACAAAUAAUAUUACUGGUAGCACCACCCAUCAUGUAACUGGCAACAAUAUUACUGGUGGCACUACAACCCAUGUAUCUGGUAAUAAUAUUACUGGUAGCUCAACCCAACAUGUAACAGGCAAUAAUAUUACCGGUGGCUCUACAACCCAUGUGUCUGGUAAUAACAUCACAGGCAGCACCACACAUCACGUAACUGGCAGUAAUACCACGACCAAUAACAUUACCAACAGCUCAACGUCCCAUGUGUCCUCAUCCAAGCACUUCCAUCACAGAAAGAGCGAAUUCUCUUCCGAAGCCGAUGUCUCCAAUUCCAUAUUCCAUCGCAAGAACGUGACAAACGAUUCAAAUGCAGUCAACAGCAGCCUGACUUCGACUGGCAAGAUGCAGCGCAAGAGUAUACUAAAUCUACAUGAGCAACCCUCGAGCCAAUCUAAUGAUCGCCAGAGCUACAGCAGCAUCCAUCGCCAGAAUAGGGAGACAGACUUGAAUACUAGCUAUUCUAAUGAUCGUCGCAGCUGCAGCGUACACAAGGAGAACAAGGAGCAUCAGACAAAGAGCUCCUCUUCGACCAACAUGUCUCGAAUCAUAUCGGGAGGCGUUGACAACGGCAAUGCUAACAGAUCAAACCUGGAAAGGACGACAGUCACCCGCUCCUACGUCUCGGGUGGCAUUGACUUCCCCUCCCAAUCGCAUACUGAAAGGCAUGUAACACGUCAUCGUGGAAGCGGUAGCCAACAUGUGUCCAGUGGUAUCGAUUUUCCCUCCUCCUCCUAUAACGCCCAUAGUCAUACGGAACGUGUCAUGACCUCACGUCGUGGCAAUCAAUCCUCUAUUAGUUUGGGCAACGACAAGUUCACUGGUUCCAGUCUCUAUAAGAGCGAAUAUAUAACUGCCCCAACAACGACAACCUGUGCUGUGCAUAAGAUUAAACAAGGUGCAUUCCAACAUACCAGAAGUACUCACGAUCAUAAGUUCUAUAAGACCUCCAAUUAGGGGAUCUGCACAUAUCGUUUGUACGUCUUGUCUUGUCUUCUUUACACAUAUCAUAAUCGUAUCUUAGUGCCUAAAAUUCCAUGACAAUAUUUUUUAUACAAUAACUAAUACUUACCUAAUAAAUAAAAAUAAAGCAAAAACAAAACAAAAAUUGAAAUAUUACAACAUUAACAAAUAAAGCAAAAAUUCAAAAAUCA